UUUAGUUUUAAUGUCCUUCAAUUAGAUGUGUUUCAUAAUUUCAACUAAAAGAUAAAAAAACUGAAAAUAUUGAUUAAGUGAGUUUUAUAUCGAUUAUUCUUUUUCUCAAGCUUACAAAAAUGCACAAAAGUGAAACUAGACAAAGGGAAUCAUCAUUAUAGCUUUUGUUGCUGGUAGAGUUAUUUAUUAGCUGUGUGCAUUUAGAAAUGUAUGCCAAUUCUUUUGCAAAUGUCAAUCUUAGGCCAUGUGCUUUGCCAUAAUCACAAGCAUUUAUGUUUUAAAAAUAUAUCUUUAAUUUAAAAUUACCAAAAUUACAGAUUAUUGGCUUUUAUACAGAGGCUCAAUAUCAAUAAUUGACCAAUUUGUUUACAACUUUGCACAAAAGAAGAACCUCUAUGAUAUAUGGACCAUUUUGAAAUCCAUUCAAAGCAUCAUAUGGUUUGUAAAUGUUAUAUUAGAAAGUUCUUUUCUGCGUGUUACAAAAAAAAAAUUAUUUUCUGCUAAACUGUUAAAUUACAUUCAGAAAGUUUAUGACACCAUCUGAUAUUUUAGAUCAACUAUAUAUAACAGUUUUUAAAUUUUUUUGAGGGAAAUUUACCAAUGUCAACAAACAAGAAUAUAUAUAAUAACAUGAAGACAUGCUUAACUUCGGUAGGAUUGGUCUUAAAAUAAUAAUUUAUCUGAUCUUAUAAUUAUUAUUUUUAAUUACACUACUCUUAAACAUUUAGAUGUCAUCCAUUCGACGUCCAAACAUUUACUUGCUGAGACCCAGAAAUAGAUGCAAAUCUGAUCAAAGGACAACAAAAAAUAAUAAAUAAUAAAGAAGUUGAAGAGCUAAAUCUAUCGGAUAAUGUGAAUAGAUUCGUCAGAGUAUAAACCAUGUGAGGAUGAAACAGCAAUGAAUCGACUUAUAACUUCUUAACCUAACAUGCAUUGGAUUCUUAAUUGCCGCCACAUGCAUAGUACCAUUUAUCAUAUGAUUAGUCUUUGAGGAUCUACAACAUUUAAUAUUACGUCAUGAAUCUAAUCAAGAAGAUUUUCUGCAGCAUCCCUUAAUAAAAUCUCUAGGUCCAAAUAGGUUUUGGAACUCUUUGACCUUUAGUUUAUAUAUAUACCUGUACGACUAACAGACUCACAGUUUCACGUUAUACCAUGUUCUAAUAAAACCAUAAAUUUCACAAAGCAGGAGAGAUUGGUACGUGGUAUGGUAAUACCGUAAUACUAACUAUGAUAUCAUUAUUAUGAGUUGAAUACUUUCAAAGAUGAAACACACGCUGUAUUGAUAUGGUAUACAUUAUAUUAAAAUGAAAGAUUUUGACAUAAAUUUCCCAAAAUUUUGAUAUUUUAAAAUUAAAUAUUACUAUAGAUAUGUGAUAAAUAUGAGAAACAUAUAAUAACAAUAACUUUAAAAGUGUUUCUUUAAGAAAAAAGAGAAAUGAUGAAAACGAAAGAAGAAAACAUAGCCUGAAAAGAAGGUAAGUUUGUCUGAAGAGAAGGGGGCACUCAAGUAAGUGGCCUUUGUCAGAUUUCGCGUGCAUUUGUACAGAACAACCUUUACUCUUUUCUCUCUCUCAAUCUCUCUGGCCUCUUCUUCUUUCUCUCUUUCAGCUCUGUUUGGCUCUUUUCUCCUUUAAUUUCAAAGAAAAAUAGCAUCAGUGUUUUUAUUACGAGAGGUCACUGUUUGAUCUCUUAAGAAGAACCUUUUAUCAUAAACUCUGAUCCUGGGUCGUCCUCAACACAACGAAAGGCUUCUGCUUUGUUUUUCUUGGUUUGUAGCGCCAUUUUGUGUUCAUGGGUUUAAAGUUCAAGAACACAGCCCAUUCAUACUUUUGAUGUUACCAUAGGAUUAUAUAGCAGUAGAUUUUGGUGGUGGCUCUUAGUCUUAUCAAGAGACUUUGCAGAAAGAAAACAAGAAAGUCCUCUUGUACUGAUAUAAACGAUCUGUGCCACUAAUGUUUUUUGGUUUACUACUAAACGACAUCGCCCAUCAACCCACAAACACACAAAGUUUCACAUGUUUCUGUGUUUGUGAAUGUGUAACGCACUUAGAAAAGAGAGAAGAAUUUGAUUAUUAAACAACAAAAAAAGAGUUUCUGUGUGUGUGUGUGUGUCAGUAAAUUCGAGCUUUGAGUGGGUGUUUUGUGCAUCUCUAGAGUUUUCUCUUUUAUAUAAUUUUUCAGUGUUCUCUUUGAGAUGUGAGUAAGAGACCCUUUCACUUCAAGAGUCUUUGUUCCUCUGUUUCUGGCUCCGCAGAAGCAUUUUGAGAGAGUGUAAACACAUUUUGAGUCUUUUUAAACUCUCUUUGAGAUCUCAACAUCAUGAAGUUCAUGAAACUUGGAUCCAAACCUGACUCCUUUCAGUCUGAAGGUGAAAAUGUUAGGUAUGUACCAAGUGACUUAGCAACAGAUGUUAUUGUAAUCAUUGGAGAUUUCAAGUUCUAUCUCCACAAGUUUCCAUUGCUGUCCAAAAGCGCACGCUUGCAGAAACUAAUCGCAACAACAUCAUCAUCCAACGAAGACAAUGAGAUUCAUGAAGAAGAUGAGAUUGAAAUAGCAGAGUUCCCUGGUGGUCCUGCUUCAUUUGAGAUCUGUGCUAAGUUCUGUUACGGCAUGACCGUUACUCUAAACGCUUACAACGUAGUCGCUGCUCGCUGCGCAGCUGAGUUUCUUGAGAUGCACGAAACCGUCGAAAAGGGAAAUCUUGUUUACAAGAUUGAAGUGUUCUUGAACUCGAGCAUACUCCAAACAUGGAAAGAUUCCAUCAUCGUUCUUCAGACCACAAGAGCUUUGUCUCCUUACGCUGAAGAGCUGAAGCUAACAGGGCGUUGUCUAGACUCCAUAGCUUCUAAAGCUUCGAUAGAUACUUCGAAAGUCGAAUGGUCUUAUACUUACAGCAAGAAGAAGAAUCUAGACAACGGGUUGAGGAAGCCGCAUGCGGUUCCUAGAGACUGGUGGGUGGAGGAUCUUUGUGAUCUUCAUAUAGAUUUGUAUAAACGAGUGAUCAUUACGAUAGAAGCAAGAGGGAGAGUUUCAUCUGAUGUUAUAGGUGAAGCAUUGCACGCGUAUGCGACUAAAAGGGUUCCAGGUUUCAGCAAAAGUAGUAGCUCCAUACAGAUCACUGACAUUGCUAAAUACAAAGCUUUGGUUGGUUCAAUCAUUGAGCUGAUUCCUGAUGAGAAACAAAGCGUUUCUUCGAGUUUCUUGGCUAAGUUACUGCGAGCUUCCAUCUUUCUUGGCUGUGAUGACGAGACAGGGUUGAUGAACAGAGUCGGCGAGCGUCUAGAUGAGGCGAGUUUAGGUGAUGUUAUGCUCUAUGAUGUUGACUUGAUGCAGAGCUUAGCUGAAGUUUUCUUGAAAUGUCAUCACUCUGAAGAGGAUGAUAUAAAGGCGAAAGCAUCGGUUGCGAAGCUUGUUGAUGGCUAUUUAGCUGAGAAGUCAAGGGAUUCAGAUAGUUUGACACUUCAGAAGUUCUUAGCACUUGCGGAGAUGGUCUCAAGCUUUCCAAGACAGUCUCAUGAUGGAGUUUAUCGCGCUAUCGACAUGUUUCUUAAGUUACAUCCAGAGAUUAGCAAGAGUGAGAAGAAGAGGCUAUGCAAGCUAAUGGACUGUAGAAAGCUAUCAGCAGAAGCUUGCGCGCACGCUGUUCAAAACGAGAGGUUACCUAUGCGAGUGGUGGUGCAAGUGCUCUUCUUUGAACAGGUAAGAGCUAACAGCAACGGUUCAUCAUCAACCGGGGACAGCACUCCAGAGAUCACUCCGGCUUCGAGAUCAACGAACACUGAAGACGACAGAGAGAGUUGGGACACUGAAGAUAUAAAAGCAUUGAGAGGAGAGUUAGCAAGUCUAAGACUGGCCAAGAAUCAGCAGCAUGAAAAUAGUAAAGGGAAGCUGGUUAAAGGAGGAGGGCUGGGAGUUUCUAGAGUGUUCUCUAAGCUUUGGUCUGGUAAAGAGAGAGGUGGAGAGAUGAUGAGUAGCUCAGGGACUUCGAGUCCUGGUUCUGUUAAUGAUGACUCCAAGUCUUCUUCUUCCACAAGCAAGAAGCAUUGAGGAAGCAGAAACAAGAAGACAUGAUUUUUAGGUUGCUAAAAAUGUUCAUGCAAUGACUAACUUUUUUUCACUUUGUCAGAUCCAAUUUCUCAUUUUGUUGUCUUUUAAUUCUCUUUGUGGUUUUCUUCUUCCUUAAAGUAGGUAUGAUGGUUAGAUCGGUUUUAAAAUGGAAUUGUUAAAAAUGGUUCUUGAAAUAAUAAUAAUAAGAUGGUAGUUUUUUUCAUUUUCAAA